AUGAUGAGGUCUCGUGUGGUGUCCUCCCUCAUUGUGGACAGAAUUCGUGCAAAACCAGGGUUGAAGCCAGUUGAGAUUAUACACGAGUUCAAAGAUUAUUAUGGUAUAGAAAUUUCAUACUACCACGCAUGGUUUGGCAAAGAGCUAGCUAAAUUGGACGUUCACGGUGAUGAGCCGAAGUCCUUCAACAUUUGCAUUACUGGAUUUCAAUAUUGCAUACCCUUGUUGUUCAUUGAUGCUACGUUUUUGAAGAGCAAGUACAAGGGGCAGCUUCUCUGUGCUUCGGGAAGGAAUGGAAAUCAAGGGUUUUAUCCUCUAGCUUUUGGAGUUGUUGAUUCUGAGACAGUGGAGAAUUGGACUUGGUUUCUUCAACAUUUGGCUUCUAUAUUGCUACCGAUGGGGAGAGUGGUGGCCUUUUUCUCGGACCGCAAUCAAGGUUUGUUAAAUGCAAUGGGGUUUGUGUUUCCCGGAUGGCCUCAUUCUUACUGUUACUAUCACCUCAAACGGAAUUUGAUAUCGAAGUACCCGAAGUCAGGUUAUGGAAAACUGCUCCAAGAUCGUGUUAUCAAUUUAUUUAGUAGAUGCGCAUAUGCUGUUACGGAGGAAGAGUUUAAGGUAGCAAUGGAGGAGUUGGUUAUUGUUGGGAGUUCGAAAGUGAAGGCAUUUAUAUCUGAUUUUUCUAGACAUCACUAUGCCAAUGCAUUUUUCAAAGGAAUGCGUUAUGGGGAGAUGGCGAACAGUUUAGCGGAGUCAUUUAAUAAUUGGGUUGGUGUGUUUCGAGAUUUGCCAAUGCUACCUUUGAUAGAAGGGAUUCGACAGAAAUUGAUGGUAUUGAAUUCUCAACGAUGA